GAGAUCCUGGCUCGGGAUGGUCCCAAUGCGCUCACGCCUCCCAAACAGAUCCCUGAGAUAGUCAAGUUCUUGAAGCAAAUGAUUGGUGGAUUCUCCCUUCUGCUUUGGGUUGGAGCUAUACUCUGUUGGCUUGCUUAUGUCAUUCAAACAGGAGAAGGCAAUCAUGCAGCCAAAGACAAUUUAUAUUUAGGUGUUGUGCUGGCUGGAGUUGUCAUACUCACGGGCUGUUUUGCCUACUACCAAGAAGCAAAGAGCACCAAUAUCAUGGCCAGCUUUCACAGGAUGGUUCCUCAGGUUAGCCUCACACUGACAGCCAAAAGAAUGGCCAAAAAGAACUGCUUGGUAAAGAAUCUGGAGGCUGUUGAAACUCUGGGAUCCACAUCUGUUAUCUGCUCUGAUAAAACAGGGACACUUACACAGAAUCGCAUGACUGUAGCACAUCUUUGGUUUGAUAAUCAAAACCAUGCAGCAGAUACUAGUGAAGAACAGUCAGCUCAACACUUUGACCAAACAUCACAAACAUGGGCAGUUCUGGCCAGGAUUAUUGCACUCUGUAACCGAGCAGAAUUCAAACCAGGGCAGGAGGAUAUUCCAAUUAUGAAGCGGGAAAUAGUUGGCGAUGCCUCUGAAAGUGCUCUUUUGAAAUUCUCUGAAACAGUAUUUGGCAAUGUGAUGGAAUUCAGAGAGGAGAAUACUAAAAUAUUUGAAAUACCAUUCAACUCAACCAACAAAUUUCAGCUGUCCAUUCAUAGGACCAACAAUCCAUAUGACAAACGUCUCCUCUUAGUGAUGAAGGGAGCACCAGAACGUAUCUUGGAGUCUUGUUCCACUGUAAUGUUCCAGGGCAGAGAAGUUCCACUGGAUGAAAGUGAGAUAGAAGUCAUUCAGAUGGCUUAUCAUGAAUAUGGUGGGUUGGGUGAGAGAGUUCUAGGAUUUUGUCAUCAAUAUUUGCCAAAAGACAAAUAUCCAGAUUUAUACAUAUUUGAUGCAGACAGCCGAAAUUUUCCAAUUUCCAAUCUAUGCUUUGUUGGUCUUCUGUCCUUGAUUGAUCCACCUCGCUCGAGUGUACCAGAUGCAGUUCUAAAAUGCAGAAGUGCAGGAAUUAAAGUCAUUAUGGUCUCUGGUGAUCAUCCAAUCACAGCAACCGCUAUAGCAAGAAGUACAGGCAUUAUCUCUGCAGGUAGUGAGACAGUGGAAGACAUUGCAAAGCGUCUUAAUAUCUCAGUCAACCAAGUGAAUAAAAGUGAUGCCAAAGCUGCUGUCAUAAAUGGUUCGAAUUUCCAAGACAUGGACCCUGAGUUCCUGGAUGACAUUUUGAGAAGCUACACUGAAAUCGUAUUUGCCAGGACAUCACCUCAGCAGAAAUUAUAUAUCGUAGAAGCCUGCCAAAGACAGGGAUCUAUUGUGGCAGUUACUGGAGAUGGUGUUAAUGACUCACCUGCUUUGAAAAAAGCAGACAUUGGAAUAGCUAUGGGGAUCGUGGGUUCAGAUGCAGCCAAAAAUUCAGCAGAUAUGAUUCUACUGGAUGAUAACUUUGCCUCGAUAGUCACUGGAGUAGAAGAAGGUCGUCUGAUUUUUGACAAUUUGAAGAAGGCCAUUGCCUACACCUUGACCAAGAACAUGGCUGAACUGUGUCCAUUCAUUGUGUACGUCAUUACCAGUAUACCACUUCCCAUUGGGACUAUUACUAUUCUCCUCAUUGACCUGGGUACAGAUGUUAUCCCAUCUAUUUCAUUGGCAUAUGAGAAAGCUGAAAGAGAUAUAAUGCAUGUCCAACCCCGGAACCCCAGCAAAGAUCGAUUGGUGAACUUGCAGCUUGCAGCGUAUUCAUAUCUGCAAAUUGGAGUGACGCAGUCCGUUGGAGGGUUUCUUUGUUAUUUUACUGUCUUGGCAGACCAAGGCUGGCUUCCUUCAAGGAUUAUUGGUAUACGUCUAGCAUGGGAAGACUCCACUAACAAUGAUGUUGAAGACAGCUAUGGACAAGAAUGGACCUACCAACAGAGGCUGCAUGUGGAGUGGACCUGCUACACUGCUUUCUUUGUCGGAAUUGUUAUCGAACAGCUUGCUGACUUAAUCAUUCGUAAAACCAGACGGAACUCUAUUUUCCAGCAGGGGAUAUUUGGAAAUAAAAUGCUUUGGAUCGGUCUUCUUUCUCAAGUUGGCAUUGCACUUUUGCUAUGUUAUGUUCCUGGGAUGCAAAAUAGCCUUCACUUCACCUUUCUCAGGUUUCAGUACUGGUUUGUCGCGGUACCUUUUGCAAUUCUAAUAUUUGUAUAUGACGAAAUCCGUAAAUUCUUCAUUCGCAAAUACCCUGGAAGUUGGUGGGACAAAAAUAUGUACUAUUGACAGUCAUCUUGUGAAACUACUUCACUACUGGACUGAAGUUGUCAAGUGCCCACGAGAUUGGAGAAGAUAGCGAGUCUAGCCAGCAUCAGCAAGGAGGGAAGAAUCAUUACUUUGCUCUGUGUGAAAACCUCAUUGCAAUUUUCUCUUAUCAUGGUUUGCUUCUAUAUAACUAAUGUUGGGGAGCAGUAAUUUU